AUGCAUCACUUGCCUCGAUUCUUCUCUCCUAACAAGAGCACCAGCCCCAUGGAUCCCAAGAAACGGAGGAGACCCAAGCUGGAGCGCCGUAAUGCCGCCAAGAAUAUUGACUACGACGCCACUUCCUUUACUUCUUCUCUGGACGACGACUCGUCGUCCCUAGUCACGCGCUCGCUUGAUUUGCAGGAUCGGACCAGUUUCCGGAUUGAAGGGACCGAUGGCGAGUUCGACCGGAUUUGUCGAAGCCUUGGCCUCACUGGGCCCGAAGAUUUUGCUAUUCCAGCCGCUGCUUGGGAGGCCAUGAAGUUGAGGUCCGCCUCCGACCUUCUGCCCCGGUCUAGAUUUCACGAGAACGACGGCUCUAAGGUUGAUGAUAUUGCUAAUGGGACGGAGCAGCCGGAUGUGAGCGCGCUAUGCGUUGGCCUCUCAGAUAGGGUUACAAUUACGGACGGUGCCUCUGGCUUUGCUAGGGAAGACCCAGCGGAAUCAGCCGAGUUGAACGGGUAUUGCAGCCCUACCAGUGGAGUAGUGGGAGGAAUCAAGGGCGUUCGUCCGCCUCUUCUGAAGCCGCCGCCGGCAAUGACCUUACCACCUAUAACCGCUAUGGGAUCAGCGUGGGAUAUGUUGAGGGAUUUCGGCCCGGAAAAUGGGAGACCGCUGUUGCCAGCAGUUGACAGAGACUUCACUUCCGACGACGAGGAAAGGGACGAAGUAGAGGAAGGUAUGGGCUCGUCCAGGGAACGGAAGGGAGGAGAAGGAGUGAGUUUGUUUAGAAUUGGGGAAACUGCUGUCUUGUCCGAGUCUUGCUCGUUUACCACCUCAAACGAUGACGAUUCUUCGAGCUCUACCACGGAACCAAUGUCAAAUAUCUCCCCCAACGGGAGAUUCAGAAGGAUUAUCUCCGACUGGAUAAAAGGAGAGCUUCUGGGGCGUGGAUCGUUUGGGUCGGUGUAUGAGGGAAUGUCUCAUGAUGGGUUCUUUUUUGCUAUAAAAGAGGUUUCUUUGCUUGACCAAGGCAGUCAGGGAAGGCAAAGCAUAUAUCAACUUGAGCAGGAGAUUGCUCUUUUAAGUCAGUUUGAGCAUGAGAACAUUGUUCAGUACUAUGGCACAGACAAGGACGAAUCAAACCUCUACAUCUUUCUCGAGCUGGUGACUAAAGGUUCCCUUUUAAAUCUUUAUCAGAGAUAUCAUCUUCGAGAUUCCCAGGUUUGCGCUUACACAAGGCAAAUUCUUCACGGUUUGAAGUAUCUUCAUGACCGCGACGUGGUUCACAGGGAUAUCAAGUGCGCAAACAUAUUAGUAGAUGCAAGUGGAUCUGUGAAACUUGCGGAUUUUGGGCUGGCGAAGGCCACUAAACUGAAUGAUGUCAAAUCAUGCAAGGGGACUGCAUUUUGGAUGGCUCCAGAGGUUGUCAACCGGAAAAACCAAGGAUAUGGGCUUCCAGCUGAUAUUUGGAGCCUCGGGUGCACCGUUCUGGAGAUGUUGACUCAAAAGAUUCCAUAUUCUGAUCUGGAAUGUAUGCAGGCAUUGUUCAGGAUUGGCAGAGGCGUGCCUCCUACUGUUCCUGAUUCUCUCUCUAGAGAUGCAAGGGAUUUUAUCCUACAAUGCCUCCAAGUCAAUCCAGAUGAUCGGCCUACAGCUGCUCAGCUCUUGGACCAUCCUUUUGUGCAGCGCCCGCUUGCAACAUCCUCAGGCUCUGCAUCCCCUCAUCUUCGGAGACGCUUUUAG